GGGGGUGUUAAUGUUUCACUCCCACUCAGAGAUGGGAGGCGGCGGGGACUCGGCGCACAGCUGGACUGUAAAGGUGGCUGAAGGCAAUAGCCGCAGAUUGGUCUCAGUUCAAGUUUAAACAGGCAAGAAAGCAGGAGGAAGGAAUUGCAGAGAAACAGUCCAAGCUAGAUGCUGGACACAGAUUGCUAAAUCCCAAGUAUUGACAAGCAUCACGUGUUGGCCAAUCCUGGAGCAAGUAUACUGGACUUGAUGAGCAGCAGCUGCUCUGACAAUAAGAGCGAAUGGAAGAGAAGAAGCUUGUAGUGGAAGAGCUGGACAUGCCAAAGUCUGUGGGUCCCGAUCUAAUGCAUCCAAGGUUUCCUCCAGAGAUGGUGUGGCUAUAUGGGAAUAGGAACAGAUGCAGCAGGGACGGGUGAAGGUGGACUGAAGGGUUGAGGAGACUUGGAGUGAGGGGCCAUCACUGAAGGAUGAGGAAUUGAUGGAUUGGAGGCACUAAAAGGGGUUUUUGGAUUAUAGAGAAACAUGGGCAAUUUCAAAGGUCAUGCUCUGCCUGGGAGUUUUUUCCUCCUCUUUGGCUUGUGGUGGUCAGUGAAGUACCCACUAAAAUAUGUCUGUCGAAAGAACAAGAAUGCUUGUUACCUUGGUUCCAGGGCAGGAUUUCAGCGCCUGGAAUUUAUUGAGGGGAUCGUCAAAGCAGUAUUUGCCCUGAUUGGUAUGAUAGCUGAGCAGUUUGUUCCUGAUGGGCCUCAUCUGAAGUUGUAUAAUUAUGAGGAAAAACACUGGGAUCACUUGAUGAACUGGCAGCAUGCCACCAUGUAUCUCUUCUACGGCAUCUCAGGGCUGGUUGACAUUGUGGCUCAUGGCACCAAUGCAUUGCCAGUGGCCUUGGAUAGGAUGAUGCUUUCGUUAGCAGUUUUCAUUGAAGGUUUUCUCUUUUAUUACCACAUACAUGGGCGAGCCAUGCUGGAUUUUCAUGUUCAUCAGUUACUUUUAGUGGCUAUCUUUGGAGCAGCUUUUUGCAUAUUUCUGGAAGUCUUCUUCCGCGGCAGCAUUGUCCUUGAGAUGCUCCGGACGAGUCUCUGCAUUCUGCAAGGUAGCUGGCUCUGGCAGAUUGGUUUUGUACUUUAUCCUCCAAAUGGCAGACUGGAAUGGAACCAAAUGGAUCACAAUAAUAUGAUGUUCUUGACAAUGUGCUAUUGCUGGCAUUAUGCCUUUGCUUUUCUUAUACUUGCAAUGAAUUACACUAUUGUCAGCUGGGUAGUUCGUUCAAAGAUUAAACAGGCCCAGUCCGUGGAGAUGGGAUUACUGAAAACAUCCGAACGAGAUCAGGAAUCAGAAGACGAAAUCUAGUUUUGUAUAAAUUCUGUUUUACCACUUUGCCUUCUUCAUCAUUAAGAUAAUUUUUACCUCAUUUCUAGACUAGUUUACCAUCUUGUUUGUUCUUCAUAUAACUCGCUAUGCAAGUAUCAUCCAUAAAGUACUGUAUACUGCUACAUAAUUAGAUUCUUAUUUGCAGAGUGUAGGCCUUAUAUUAAUGUGGUGUUUCCAUUAGUACAUUGUUCAUCACAUGCUUUAGUGGAAAAAUAUUUUCCUAUUAGAUGAACUUAGAUUGGAUGGGGUGACAUUGUCAAGUAAAAAUCAAUUCAGCCCAUUAAUAGCUGAGCAACAUGUUCUCCUCCUGCUGUUGGAGAAACUGGUAAAUUUCCAUAUCUAAAUAUGUCAAAAAAGCUGAAUUUGCUGAAUUGCCAGGCAUGUACAUAAAAUAAUUGUACAGAACUUUAAAACAAUGGAAUAAGCACAUUAUUGAUGGAGACCUACAUCUGCAUUGUCAAGAAUAUCUUUGCUUGUUGUUUCAAAUGAAAUAGCAAAAAACUGCAAAUUGCAAACCCAUGUAGCAUUUAUCUGCACAGUCUAUCCUUUGUUCGUUACCACAUGUGCUCUACCAAACUUCUGCAAGGAGAUCAAGUAAGUGUAGAAAUGACCACUGGGAUUGCCCAUCAUGAGGGGAAGUUACUCAUUGUAGUGACUUGACACUCCUAUCACCCUUCGCUUUGACAAGCAGUACAUUGACCCUACUUUACAGCCAGGGGUAUUGGAACAAUUUUUAUAGUGGGGGUGCUGAAAGCCUUUGAACAAAACUGUAAACCCUGUAUAUGAUGGAAACCA